AUGGCAGCUGCGGGUCCUGUCCAGGGGCUCUGUGAGGAAACGACGUGCCCUAUCUGCCUGGAAUACUUCCGAGACCCGGUGACUAUUGACUGUGGCCACAAUUUCUGCCAGGCUUGCCUCACCCGGUACUUUAGGGAAUCCAGUGCCAGGGCUUCCUGCCCCCAGUGCCGGAAAACGUUUCAGCAAAGCAGCCUCAGGCCUAACCGGCACCUGGCAAAUAUGGUCGAGCUCGUGAAGAAACUCGAGAGAGGAAAAAUCAGAGAAGGGAAGAGAGAGUUGUGUGAGAGACAUCAGGAGCCCCUGAAACUCUUCUGCCUGGAUGAUCAAGCCCUCAUCUGCUGCGUGUGUGACAGGUCCAAAGAACACCGACAUCACAGCAUACUUCCCAUCGACGAGGUUUCCCAAGAUUACAAGGAAAAAAUCAAAGUCCAGCAGAAAUCUCUGGAGAAAGAAAGAGAAUGUGUUCUGAAAAUGAAACUAGCGGAAGAGGACGAAAAGCAGAAAUGUCUGACACAAAUAGAAGCAGAGAAGCAGAAGAUCAGGUCUGCCUUUGAGCAAAUGCACAAGUUUCUUGAGGAACAGGAACACCUCAGGCUGUCCCAGCUGAAAGGCUUGGAGGAAGAGAUUGGCAAGCGAAAUAAAGAAAACAUUGACAGACUCUCUGAGGAGAUUUCCCGCCUCAAUCGCCUGAUCUCAGAAAUGGAGGGGAAGUGCAAACAGCCGGCAACUGAAUUUCUACAGGACAUCCAAGGAACGAUGAGCAGGUAUGCGAAGAAACAGGUGGGACAUGCCCUGGUCCUCUCACCUGGGUUGGAAGACAGCCUCAGCAUUUAUUGUGAGAAAAAUGCUGCUCUAGAAAAGGUUAUGGAGAAGUAUAAAGAGUCUCUGGAGCAAGCAACAAAGAAAGUGUCCCUGGAAGAAACGUGGAACAAAGCUAAAGUGACUUUGGAUCCAGACACGGCACAUCCCCAUCUCAGGCUUUCUAAGGAUCAAAAGAGUGUGAAGUGGGACAGCAGAGACCAGUUCCUGCCUAACGACGCUGAGAGAUUUGACAAGGAGCCCUGUAAUCGGAGCGCGGAGAGGGAGGAUGACAAACAAUCAAUCAGCGAGGCGGCAAACAGACAAACGAAACUCUCCCUGAGACGUAUUAUGGAGGCCUCGUCGGGAUCCGCCCUCGUCUUGGACCAUUUCCAGACAAAACAGUGA